CCUCCUCCUCCUCCCCUCCCCCUCCUCCCUCGGCCAGUGGCCGGGAGGCUCUGGGCUUUUAUCUGCUGACCCGCGGGAGGGAGUCAGGUCCCUGCGAUCUUCCCCCACCCGAGCGCUCUGCCCGGCGGCGGCGGCGGCGGUGGCGGCUCUUAGCCGAAUUUUGCCUCCGCGUCCCCGCCAGCCCUGAGCCCGCGGGAGCCGACUGCCCGUCCCGGCGUGCGAGAGGAUGGUGAUCCGCGUGUUCAUCGCCUCCUCCUCGGGUUUCGUGGCGAUAAAGAAGAAGCAGCAGGAUGUGGUUAGAUUUCUGGAAGCCAACAAGAUAGAGUUUGAGGAGGUGGAUAUCACGAUGUCAGAAGAACAAAGACAAUGGAUGUACAAAAACAUCCCCCCAGAAAAGAAGCCUGCUCAGGGCAACCCUCUGCCACCUCAGAUAUUUAAUGGUGACCGAUACUGUGGAGAUUAUGACAGUUUUUUUGAAGCAAAGGAAAGCAACACGGUCUAUUCAUUUUUAGGCCUGAAACCACGGUUGGCAUCAAAGGCAGAACCUUAGAGAAGACAAGUGGAAGAUAACGGAGAUGCAUUUUGGAGUGCCCCUUGGUACUCAGCACACACCUGCUUACCUAAUGCAUCACUGUGACUAAAGCCACGUGCAUCAUCAGUAACUUUGCUUGCCACGGAAAAGGUGUUUUUAGAAGACAUGGGUAAAAUGGGGUUGCAUGAUUGCUUAGAACCAAAUCAGGACUGUGGUGGGUUUUCCCUUAUUUUCAAAAUUGCCUGCAGUUGCCUCAUUCACCUGGAGGUACUCUAACCUGUUACAGGUGUGCUUCCUUAAUGAUUGAAAGAUAAAGUGGGUGGCACCAUUGGAGAGAAGAUGUUGGAUCUGCCCUAGGUUGUAGUUGAUGCCAGUAUUGCUCAGACCCGCCUCUCUUUAAGCAGCCUGGAUCAUAUCCUUGAACUUAGUUUGCCAAGCUAGUAGAAUCUUUUGAUCAUAGAGGAACAAAGCAAUGCUGGCUGACAAAGGGCUGCAGAUUUUUGCUGCAAAAGUCACAACUGUCACUAGUCCUGGGCUUCGUGAUAGCACCUUUAGAUAAAGAUGUUCUAGCCUCCUUUGGUAAUGGACACUCUUACUUCCAUAAAUCCUCCAAACUCCUACAGAUGUUUCCAGAAAUCACUGUCACAACAAUGUGUGAUCAGGACCAAGUUACAGGGAUAAAAAUAGUUGGUAUUUUGGAAAAUAGAGGCUUCUUCAUCUCCUGCAAGGGAAAAGUUUUAUUUAAAUGUAAAAGAGAGCUUAGAAAAGAUGUAUUUUAGGAGGUGUCCUAAUUAGAUAGUAAAUUUAUAGGGAAAUGAUCUGACUCCUAUCUGAAGGGAUUUUCAGCUCUAGCAACUUCUUUAUGCACAAGUAACAUAUUUUUAAAUGCAGCUUCCCUAACUAACAGCUGCUUAUUCUAUUUUGUGAAUGGAUUAUAUUUUUUUUGAGAAAGGAAGAUCUUGGCUAGAUAUAUUUUGUGAGCCCUUAAUGAGGCAUACUAAAAGAUACUAAUAUUGGGGUACAAUUUCAUUUUUUUUCCCUUGGUUGCUUUUCACCAGACCUUUAACUGCCUGCUACUAUUUCUGGCCAAUGUAUAGUCCCAGAUUUUUCAGGGUAAUGUAGAUACGUAUUCUCAUUCCAUGUGUGGAUACCAGUGAGCUUUCAGAGAAAGGAACUGUCCGAGAAUAGCUCUGAAUUGUACUGGGCAUGUAGAAUCUCUCUACUGCCUUCGGAAUGGAUGCUGAGCAUGUCUGCUUCCUUCAGGCAAAGGUUCCUUUUCUCCAUCCUUGUCCCUGUUUAUGGUCUUUGGAUUUUUUGGUUGCCAAACAUAAACAGUCUCGAAUAGGAUAAAUUCUUAGAGGGUUGCCUAAAAUACUCUGCUUUCCUCAGCAUCGUCAUGCUGGACCUGUCAUUCAGAUUCUGAGCAGAAUGUAAGAAAUUCAAAGUACAUAAGAACGAAAGCCCUGUCACCUGUGUUCUCUCACCCUCCAACUAACUAAAUGUGGACCACUCUAAAGGACUUGAAUGCUGACACGGAAACCCCAGCCUGAGAUCUGCAGCCCAGGACUGGGAACCGAAGAAGAGCAAGCAUGACCAUAGAUUUCGACUUGACUGGAACAGAUACAUGACCGACCCACAAUUUUCUCUCCAAGAAAAGCUGCUGUGAAAUCAUGGGUAUUACUGCUUAGGUGGCAUUAAAGAAGAUCCAGGUCACAUUCCAUCUGAUAAAUCCCAGGGACUAUCCAGAAAUCUUUUAUUUUGAACUGGAUAUUGUGUUUGAGUCCGUGCGUCUUCUGACUAGGCUCAGAAUUUCGUUUGCAGAUAACAACAGUUUUAAAAAGCUUAAUGCCACAGUGGUCUAACUUCAUUUAGUCUGUUCUUGCCAAUGAGCACCAAGAACCAACUUGGUAAGAUCCAGGCCUUGCAAGUUAGAUUCUGGGGUUGUGGGAUCAACAAGAGACUUGCUAGACAAAGACAGCUCCUCAGAUCUAUUUAUCUUAAAACUUUUGCUUUACUGUGGUUAUGGCAGGACCCGAAUGGGUCUCCUAAACCGACUAGUUGGAUGGCAUUGCUAAAUUGCUACCGGUCGCACAUCGUCUUCUCCUCACCUCAUUAUUUUAAUAAUAAUAAUGAUUAUUUUUAAAUCAGCAUAGAAAUAAGAGAGCCCAGCCCUGGCUGGUGCUGUACUUGUUCUGAGGGAGGUGGAAGCACCCUGUGUGGCCUUUGCCGCAAUACCCAGGCUCCACCGGGCACUGCCCUCUGGGACCAGGUUGUUUUCAGAGGAGCUUGUCUCUUUCCUUGUACUGUUUUACCAGCUAAAUUCCAAACAUGUAAUGGUUUCCUGUUCCCUUCUUUAACUAGCUGCCUUUAGAUUUGAAUAUUCACACUCUUAAAAACCUAGGAAAGAACUAGGUGGGAGUUGCAGACGUAAGAUGUAAUAUCAAAGGCAUUUCAGAAUUUUUAUUUCCUGGAGUAGGCUCAUUGGGACAAAGGAAAUGUGCUGCUAAAAAUAAAAUUAUGCCAGUUUAAAAUUAGAUAAAAUACAGAGUGCCAUCCUGCUAGGUAUAUGCAGACCAAAAGAAAAUUUAGUUGGGGAAAUACUGAUUUUUUCCAAAUUCCAGUGUUUUGUUAAAAUCAAAGAGAAGAAAAGGAAAAUUUUUUUUUCUCUGUCAAAUUCUGAUAUAUUUUAGAUGUGUUUCUGUUUUAUAGAUUCCUUUAAAUACCUAGCUGUUUUUGUGUUACAUGAAUUUAAAAAUGAACUAAACUUGUUUUUGUCUUCUGUUAUUGAAAGGUACCAAAGCCUCUUUCUGUUUUGUUUUGUUUUUUUUUAAUUUGAUUUUGCUAUAUAGGGUUUUGCUUUAUCUAGAAAUACUUUUCAUUUAACAGCAUUUCUUAAGUGUCAGGGCCCUCUUUGAUCUGCAUGAUUAUUAUUUUUAGAUUUCAGUGUAUAUGCAUUUGUCUUUAAGGGCCCUGGUAAAACCUCAGAUUUUAUAUUCAGCAUUAAAGAGAAAUAAAUUCCAGAAAACACAUAUUCUGAAAAUGGAGUGUUUGUCCCCUGCCAUUUCUUAUACCUUUUCUAAUGUCAGUUCUGUGUUUGCUUGAAACCUUCCUGUUCAAUUGGGAUGUUAUACUUGUACUCCUGUUCCUGAAUCUCAUACCUGAAUGCUGCAGAUUUGUUGUAAAAAUGUGGACAGAGCAUUUGACCAUUCGAGGAGACCAACAUGAUGUGGUCCUAUGUGUAUGUGUGAUGGGAAGUGAUCACAGAAUCCUCUCAGUGACCAGGACCAAGGACGCAUUAGAUCUCUUGUUCCCUUGGUUGUUCCAGUAGAUAUAGUGCUUUCCUGAGUACACUGAAGCCACAGGCUGGUGGAUUUGUUCCCUUAAUUGGGUGCAAAAAACCAAGUACAGUGUAGCCGCCACCCUUAAACAGCCAGGCCUCUCUUGAAGCAGCCCUCUCCGAAAGCGGGAGAAAACAUUUCUGAAGGCCGAGUCUGAAGCUGAUCUCAUCACUGAACUAUCUCAGACCUUAAGCACCGAGACAGAAGGAGGGUGAAGGAGGAGAGAAAAGAGAACAGACUAAGUUUGAAGGAAAUGUGCCAAAUCGUGAGGCCAAAGAAGCCAGGUCAUUACUGCCCACUUAUACCCCAGAUUUUCAGUGUUCCUAGUUCUUCUAGAAGUGCAGGUUAUCCUUUCAGUCAGCAUGUGUUGAGCCCCUGGACUGGAGUGGGUACUGUCUGAGCAGGGCAGGAGUCUCCACCGUGAAGGAGAACUCAGUCAGGGUUGGCCAUUACCAACAAGUGAUGAACCAUAGGGUCGAGGUCAGCUCCUGGUACUCCGUUCGUCAUGAAAUGUUAUGUGUAAUCUCCUUUGCUUGUUACAGCCCUUCCAGGUUUUAAGAUUAUUUCUUGCAAUGGAAUAUAUACACGUACAUACACACACACUAAAAUAUAAAGAGAACAAGCGCCUGUGUGCCUGCCACCAGCUCAGUGCCUUUCCUUUGAGGCGCUGUGUGCUCUUCUCGGGCCCUCUCCCAUCCCCAUUUGAGAGUGGGAGCCCCUCUCCUGAAGUCUGCAGAUCAUAGCCUUUCUCCCCUUUACCGUUUUACCUCCUUUAUCCUCUGUACCUUUAAGUAAUAAUGAAUGGCAUUGAACUGUAUUCUUCUGUCACUUUACGUUCUUUGCAAUUGGGCGCUAUCGUUUUGGAACAGGUAUCCUGGUUUCUUUUCACUGCUAGGUACUACUUCAUUGUAUGACUGUAUCACAGUUUUUCCCUUCUUCUGUUGCUGGAUAUUGAACUGCAUCUUUCUUUGAAAUAGAAAAAGGCAGUGUUGCUAUGAACAUUCUUUUAUAUGACUUCUGGUGCACAUAGCCAAGACUGGAUGUAUACCUUGAAUAGAAUUGCUGUGUGGUACAGUAAAGCACAUUAUCAAUAGAUAUGUUCUCCAAAGUCAUGGUACCAGCUCACACUUCCACUGGUAUCCUAGAAUUUUCAGUACUCUAGAUCCUGCCCACAUUCAGGAUCAUUGGAAUCAAGUUUUUGUCAAGCCAAAAAAUAUAACAUGGUAUCUCAUUGCGGUUUCAUUUUGCACAUAUUUGAUUACUAAUAGGUUGAAUGUGUUUUAUUAUGGUAAUUCCUAAGUAGGAAUUUGGCAGUUCUUCUUUGCGUCUCCUACCUUUUUUCCUAUGGUAUUCUGUUUUUUAAUUAUCAAUUUGUAAAAGUUCUUUAUAACUUACCUUUUAUCAGUUAAUGCUUAUUUAACUAUUUAAAGAGAAAUUAUAUUUAGAGUAGAAAAAUCUUCUGAAGCAAUUACCAGAAAUAUGAAAAGCAUGUGAAGCUUUCUUCUAUUUGGAGAAAAUAAAGUUAAGUGCAUA